CAUUGGAGUAGGUUGGCUAACCUGGAUAGAGAGGGAUGGUAGUGGCAGGAUAACUAUUAUCAUCGGAUUUAAUACAUCCAAUUCUUGGAAACGUUUCUUAUACAUUUACAUAUUUAAUCGUAAUACAUGGAUGUUUAUUUGGUGGUACCCUAGAUUUCUCAUGAAGGUAGGCUUUUUUGUUAUUAAUAUAUUUUCGCUGUUGCAUUUCGACUCUGCACAGCUCAGCUCCCUGUGAGUCGUCGGUCUGUCAUUACAGGAUAUAGAUCGUAGCCUAUCUACCGUUUAUAGACAGUAAUAAAAACACUUCUACCUUGACAUCUAAACUUGACGCACCGAUCUGAUUUCUGGACUGUCUCAUCACGGCAUUCACGAGAUGGACGAAGACAAUCAAGUACCUCAGGAUCUCUCACUGGAAGAGAGGGGUGAGCUGUCAAACAUCCGGCGGAGGAAGAGAGAGCUGCUGGAUGAUAUUGAACGCUUGAAGUUUGAGAUAGCUGAAGUCAUGACUGAGAUUGAGCAACUAACGUGUGUAGGAGAAAGCAAAACAACACAGCGGAACAAACAAAUCGCCAUGGGGAGGAAGAAAUUCAACAUGGAUCCUAAGAAGGGGAUCCAGUUUCUCCUGGAGAACGACCUUCUGCAGCACACCCCAGAAGACAUCUCUCAGUUCCUCUACAAGGGCGAGGGCCUGAACAAGACUGUCAUCGGAGACUACUUAGGGGAGCGAGAUGAGUUUAACCUCAAGGUGCUGCAGGCGUUCGUAGAGCUCCAUGAGUUUGCUGACCUCAACCUCGUCCAGGCCUUAAGGCAGUUCCUGUGGAGUUUUCGUCUUCCUGGUGAGGCUCAGAAGAUUGACCGGAUGAUGGAGGCUUUUGCCUCGCGGUACUGCGGCUGUAAUCCCGGGGUGUUCCAGUCAACAGACACAUGUUAUGUGCUGUCGUUUGCCAUCAUCAUGUUGAACACCAGCCUGCACAACCCCAACGUCAGAGACAAGCCCCCUGUAGAGAGAUUCAUCUCCAUGAACAGAGGUAUCAACGAGGGAGGAGACCUGCCAGAGGAACUACUCAGGAAUUUAUUUGAUAGCAUCAAAAAUGAACCCUUCAAAAUCCCAGAAGAUGAUGGCAACGAUCUUACACACACGUUCUUCAACCCCGACAGAGAGGGAUGGCUACUGAAACUAGGUGGAAGAGUGAAGACCUGGAAGAGACGGUGGUUCAUUCUGACUGACAACUGCCUGUACUACUUUGAAUACACAACGGACAAGGAACCUCGUGGGAUCAUUCCUCUAGAGAACCUUAGCAUAAGAGAGGUGGAUGAGCCCAGGAAACCUAACUGUUUCGAGCUCUACAACCCCAAUCACAAGGGUUCAUUGAUCAAGGCGUGUAAGACUGAGGCGGACGGCCGGGUCGUCGAGGGCAACCACACAGUGUACAGGAUUUCAGCGCCCACCACAGAGGAGAAGGAGGAGUGGAUCAAAUCCAUCAAAGCAAGCAUCAGCAGGGAUCCCUUCUAUGACAUGCUAGCCACAAGGAAGCGGAGGAUAGCCAAUAAGAAGUGAGGAGAACCUGACCACACCCACCCUAUCAUCAGUGACACCAGCAUGGACCUCCAUCGUUCCAGGAGACAGGGGGGGCCUCACACUCAGCCCAGGGACAGGAGACAUGGCCACAGCAGAAAAGGGGAUCCAGAUUUUGUGGGGAUUUGACUUUGGAUGCAACACGUCUACACUUCAUCAGUAUGGAUAAAGGACAAGUAGGGAAGGGCACUUGACAUUUUGGUUAUCAGUUUCUUUUCAGAUGCAUGUGUGAAUGCAAUGCACACAACUAUAAAUUGUAUAAUGUGUGAAUGUACUGUAUUGUGAAAAGGACAAUGGUCUGGAGCAGUAUGUAUGAGGCUGUGUGGGGCCUCCCCAAUGUCCCCAUACAGAUGGCGCUUUCCCCAACCAUCGAAGCAGGCUCAAAGAAACAUGGACAUCUUGGCUAGCUCCACAUUGUCCUCUAGUGGGUGAAUUGAGUAUGAUUUCAAUGUCAGAAGAACCUCAAACUUUUAGGAAUCAACGGGUCAGAUUUUCACCUGCAAAACAACUGAUACAAGUAGUGUACAAUAAGAAUUUGUUUUCUUUCCUCUUGUUUUAUAAUGCGAUACCCAGUUGUUGCCAGUUCAUAUUAGAUAUCAAUAUGGUCUAUGUAAGGUCAAAUGUGAAUUCCUGCAGAGCUAUAAUAAUAAUACAUUGUCAAGUUUGAGUUAUUCAAAGCUAGUUUAUGUAUUGAUUCAAAGUCCACUGCUAUACAUUUGUUUUUCAUAUUUAUUUUCUCUAAUUACAAAAGUGUAUUCCCCUUUACAUUAUAUGUACUGUACAUAGUUUGUUUCUGUAGCAUGUAAAAGGUUAUGGCUAGCCUACACCCGUUUGUUCACAUUUCAAAGUUGAGCAUUACAGAUUACAUACUCCAACUCCUCACAUUUCUAAAAUAAACAGAUAAAUGUAGCAGCCAAGCCAGUUGGGUUUUACAUUGGAAGGUGUCAAGGUGAAAACUGGUGGCUCUAUUCACUCUGUAUCGUAGAAGUCAGCGUUACAGCGUGAUGGCAAUGUUCCCGCGUUAGCAGAGACUGCGUUCACGGUAAACGCUGCAUAUGUCGGCUCAAUUGGAAAUUACCUCAAUUUAUAGAGCGCAAAGUAAAACGCUUCAGCGAAAAAGAUUGACUAGAGCCCUCAGGUUUGGAUCUACA